AUACACUGUAGAUACUCGUCAGAGCCUAUUAUCACGAAUGAUGCAUUGAGCGUAGCGCCAUAUCGCAUACAUAUCAGGCUGCCCUUUGCAGCGUCUCUCAUCGCAGCCCGCAACCGCGUGUUCCGUCCUUUGACCUCUGGCCCUGGGUCCCGCCCCCUCGCCCCCUUCCUCCGCUCACCGCACUUCCGCUCGUUCCACCCACGUCCGCUCCUCUCGCCUUCACCUCCACCCUAGCGCACCCCUUCCUCCCUCGCCGCCUCCUUCUCAGUCGCUUCCGCCGCGUCCCUUCAGCCUCCGCAUCCCUCUCAGAGUCUAAGUCGCCUCCGCCUGCUCGCCACCCGACCGCGCCCUGGCACCACAUGGACGUUUCAUGUCUCGCUCGCACAUCCUCCCUCCUCCUCUCUCAUCGACGCUCUCCCUCCGCCGCUUCUCUUCUCCUUUCCAUCCACCACGCCACGCCACCCUCGCCUUCUCCUCCUCCAUCCACUCGACACCCUCAGGUCGCGCUGUCCCUCGUCGACACCCUGCACGUCCCGCCAUCGCUCCGCGCUCUGGCGGUCACCAUCGUUCCGCGCUCUGGCGGUCGCCAUCGUUCCGCGCUCUGGCGGUCGCCAUCGUUCUGUGCUCUCGAGGUCGUCACCGUUCUGUGCUCUCGUCAUCGCUCUUGCACCGCAACCGCCACCGUCGCCGCAUGGGGCGCAAGGCAGUCAAGAUGAGAGUCGGCGGAUGGUAAUAGCGAGAAGGGUUAGGAAAGCGAGCGGAUGAUGAUGGCGCGGCGAGGGAAGGAUGGUGGUCGACGCGAAGCGAGAGUAUAUACGAGAUGCGACGCGACGAUGAUGGACGG